AUGCAACAAAUGCAAAAACUAAUUGAUUUUAAUGAGAUAUAAACUUUGCAGAUAGAUCAAAUAUAUCGCAUGUUUAUUUCACUUAUUAAAAAAGUAAAUAAGAGACCUAAAAAUUAAAAUGGAUUUAUAUGCCCUCAUACUGUCAUUUGUAAUCUCCAAGAAAUGAAACUUGAGAGUGAGUAGUGCCUUAUUUGCCCAGAUUAAAAAUAACUAAAUUAAAAAUUCUAGUUAAGUGGCAUCUUAUACUUUUUGUUGGGAGGUCAUCGAGGAGGAUAAGGUACAAUAGAAGAAUUUUAUGCUUCAAGGGAGAAUUAUUUUUCCAAACCAUAUGGCUUACUUGAUGAAAAUGUGUUUUAAAAACUGCUUUUUUUGUUGAAUGAAACUGAAUUCUAAAAGAAAAAAUAAAUAUAUGAUCAAAUUAAAAUAUUGAAUCCUGAUAUAUAAGCUGAAAUUUAUACAUACGAGUUAAAGAAAUAUUGUGUUAUCAUUGUGGAUCCGGGCUGGGGAUUUUUAUAGAGCCAUACCGAUAUAGAUGAAAUUACUUUAGCUCAAAGUUUUAAAAAAUUUAUGGAAGAAUAUAUAAAUAUAAUCAAUAAUUUAAAAUUGGAACUGGAUGACUUUAAAAUUUGCAUACAUAAUUUAUUUUUAGGACUAAAAACCAAAGCAUAUUAUAUUUUAAAAUUUAAUCUCUUUUAUGAUUAUGUAUGUAAUUGUAAUUAGAAAAAAUUUAGUUUACUCUUCUAUUAAUUUUUAGUGAAUUCAAAUUCCCAAGGACUAUCUGGAAGUCAGACUCAAAGCCUUUUAUCUGAUGUUGGAAAGUUAAACUAAUAAUAGAAUGAUAAAAAUGACUUUGUUGAAUUGUUAAAUUUAUUACAAUAAUUCCUGAUAAAUUAAUAAUCUCUGGCAAUGUCCAGCUUUUUAACUAAAUAUAUUAGCUUUUUUAGUCAGGAAAUAAUAAAGCAACUGAAGGAAUUUACAAACCAAGAUUUGUUAUGGAAUGGAUAUAAAAUGUUAUUCUUAUAAGAAAUCAUUGAACUUAUGGAAAAUUAAUUUAUUAAAAAUAAUAUUACCUCCUAGCUUUCAAAAUAACUAUUUCAACUGUAUUAAUAAUAGGUAUUGAUUAUAUUAGAAUUAGAUAUAAAAUAUUGAAGAAAUUAAUAAGUCUUUACCAAAACCUAGAUUUUUAAACAUAACACAACUAUAUUCUGAGUUAAUUAAAUAAAAUGGGUUUGAUUAAGAUGCUGACAAUAAUGAAACCAUUAACUGUCCAUUGUUAAUCUUUAGACAAGAAGUCUAUUAAUUUUUGAAAACAUUUAAGACCUUUUAAGAUUAUAAAAGCACUUGUAAUUAAUAAAUGACAUAACCAAUUUUUGAUGAAAUAAAUUAUAACAAUAUUAUUUAAUACGAGGAAUCAUUAAAAAUUAGCAAGAUACAAUGA